CCAUGCCACAGUUCUCUUAGGGAAAAAAGCCCAAAACCCCAGCAAUCAUUCACUGCUGAGUCUGGAGGCAGACACCCCAAUCCUCGCGAGGAUCAAGAGAGAUCUUCAUUUCCACCCCAAACAUGGUGAACUACAUGUUGAUGAUCACCGGCGAGCUCGAGAAUCUCACCAAUCUCCAGCCUCAAGGCGGCUGCGACGAUCCUGAUUUCACCUACUACUUCAAGGUGAAAUGUGGAAACUGUGGAGAGGUGAGCCAGAAGGAGACGUGUGUGACAUUGAAUGAAACGGUUCCUCUCCCGAAAAGCAAGGGAACUACUCAUCUGGUUCAGAAGUGCAAGUUCUGUGAUAGGGAGGGAACUAUCUUGAUGAUCCCAGGCCGAGGUCGUCCACUGACUCAGGAAAUGAGUGAAUCAGGGAAGUUCACCCCCUUGAUGUUAUUGGACAGCAGGGGUUUUGAGCCGGUGGAAUUUUCUUUUGGUACCGGAUGGAAAGCUGAAUCCAUGGAAGGGACUAAAUUUGAUGACAUUGACUUGUCUGGAGGGGAAUUUGCAGAAUAUGAUGAGAAGGGAGAGUGCCCGGUGAUGAUAUCUAAUCUCCGCGCUACUUUUGACGUGACGAAGUAGACAGUAAUGUUCUCCUGCAUAUAUUUUCGCUGGUAUAUAGAAGAAAGUCAUGGUAUCUGAACCAUAAGCUAAUUAUAAGGGAAGCCAUAAUGUACUGACGUUUUUCAGAUAAUGGGCCGUUGAACUUUAUCAUAAGCUUUUUCUGGACCUUCAUUUGUCCAUUAAUUUGCCGUGCUAAUACAUUCAAUGAAGCUUUUAGACAAUAUUACAAAACAUAAUUAGGU